UCCUCCCUCCUCCGUGUUUGUAAACUUCCUGGGGAAGCAGCCGUUGUUGCUAGCUUUGUAGCUAGCCUGUUGAUGAUUACAGCAAUGGACUAAAUCACCAAAUAACACUCCAGAAAAUGACAACAUAAUUUUGUAAUUUAAGUAACUCGUCGCCAUAUACCAGCGCGCCAGUUGGGCUUUAAAUAUUGUGUGUUGACAAGUUAGUGACAGCGAGGAGCUAACGGCGUUAGCUGGCGAACGUUAGCAACAACUUAGUAAUUUCUGGCAGAAAUCAUGAUGGCGUCUAGUUACAACGCCAAAGACGAGGAUGGGCAUAUCACAGUGUCCGGGCCUGGUGGUGGGUCUCUGCGGAGCAAGAAGCCCGAAAACACUGCGUUCAAACAGCAGAGACUGCCCGCUUGGCAGCCCAUCCUCACCGCAGGCACAGUGCUACCAGCCUUCUUCAUCAUCGGACUCAUCUUCAUCCCUAUUGGCAUCGGCCUGUAUGUGACGUCCAACAACAUCAAGGAGUUUGAGGUGGAUUACACAGGAGUGGACAAGUCCAGUCCCUGCUUCAACUGCGCCGAGAACUUCAGCUGGAACAGCACACGGCCCUGCACCUGCACAAUACCUUUCUACCUGGAGCAGCCAUAUGAGAGCAACGUCUACAUGUAUUAUGGCCUCUCCAACUUUUACCAAAAUCACCGUCGCUACGUCAAGUCAAGAGAUGACAGCCAGCUGAAUGGAGACAUGGAAUCCCUCAUGAAACCCAGUAAGGAGUGUGAGCCAUAUGCUUUUCAUGAAAACAAGCCAAUUGCACCAUGUGGGGCCAUCGCCAACAGCAUGUUCAAUGACACAUUGGAGUUGUUUUACAACGACCCCAACGGCACAAAGAUACAGAUUCCUCUGAACACUACAGGUAUUGCCUGGUGGACCGACAAGCAUGUGAAGUUCGGGAACCCUGGAGGCGGCAACUCAAACCUCACAGCCGUUUUUCAAGGAACAACGAAGCCGGUGAACUGGCGCAGGCCCGUCUACGAGCUGGACGCAAAUCCAGAUAACAACGGCUUCAUCAAUGAGGACUUUAUUGUGUGGAUGAGAACCGCCGCCCUGCCAACCUUCCGUAAACUCUACCGCAUCAUCAACAAGAAAAACAACAUGGUUCCAACUCUGCCCCGAGGAAACUACACUCUGGAGGUCGUCUACAAUUAUCCCGUGCACAGCUUUGAGGGUAGGAAGCGGAUGAUCCUGAGCACCAUCUCCUGGAUGGGGGGCAAGAACCCGUUCCUAGGCAUCGCGUACAUCACCGUGGGCUCUGUCUGCUUCUUCCUGGGCGUCGUCCUGCUGAUCAUCCACCACAAAUGCGGCAACCGCAACAACAGCGCCGACAUUUCUAACUGAGGCUGCAGCUGCCCUCCAGCUCACCUCUGCUGCAGUGAACAGUGAUCAUCUGUCAGGGUAAACUUUCAUCCAGAGGCCCAACCAGUAGAUAAAUUUAAAAAAGCAGCCACACGUGGGUUUGAGGGUCUAAAAUCACUUGUCUGGGGCUGAGUGUUUGCCAAAGUAAAUGGAAAAAAAGCCAAAAAUGUGCAGCCACAGUCAGUGACAGUCAGCCUUUGACAGAUUUUCCAUCUUGAUACCGUGAGCAAGCACGUGUCAGACUGAUUUGCUUCAUGAUCGACUUGCUUAAGAAUAAAAAUGUACUCAGAGUUCUUAAUCGGGUCUUGAAAAGUAAGUAGGUUUUAAUAAAGUGCAUUUGGGAAUUCGACAAAACCUGGGACACAGAAGCCAUGUCCUCCGUAUUGUGUCUGUAAAUUUGGGGGCUUUAACAACCUGAGGAGGAGUUUACAUUCUACAGCUACACAUAAAUAAAAAACACAUCGUGGUUUUUAAAAAAAGUGCAUUAAAAUUCUAUCUUAAUACAACGUUUUUUGCCAUAUGUACAUUUAAGGAAUAAUUGGUCACUACACUGUAAAAAAUCAGGGUAAAUAUUCUCUGGUUCCAGCUUCGAAAAUGGGAAGGUUUGCUGUUUUUACUUGUCUUCAAUUAUAUAAAAUUGGUAUUUGGAUUGUUCAGACCAUACAAGGUGUUUGGAGACGUCAGUUUUUGACUCUGGGAAGUUAUUAUCGACAUUGUUUUUUUACUUUAUGAACCAAACAAUUAAUCAAAACAAAUUCUCAGAUUAAUUGAUAAUAAAAAUAUUCACUAGCUAAUUUUUAGUACAAAAAAGGAAUAGCUUCACUGCCAGGGACGGAAAGCCAGCAAAAUCUAAACUUCAACACAUAACAUUUGAAUAUUGUAUUAAGAAAAAAUACAAACCAAUCUUUAAAGGCUGUUUUUUUUUUAUUAUUUAAUCUUCUUGAAUUUGAUUGCUUUUAAGCCACAGAAAAAGAAAUGCAUAAAUGUAUAUAAGAUUAUAUCCUGUCAUUAUAGAGGAGCAUUUAGCCCGUCACUUUUAAAGAUUAUAUAAUUGAGUGGUAAUUAAUAUAUAAAUAAUUCUGGCAACAGCACUUUUGAGGAUGCUUGGAUACUAUCAGCUACAUCAAAUGAAAAUCCGACCCAAAGCCUCAAAUCCUGAUUAAAAAAGCAAAUCUGCGCGAGAAGGAGUCAGGAAGGUUUGGAUAACUUUCCAGACCCCCUUGUAGGAUUUCUAAGCUCCAAGCUGGUGCAGUUGAGGUGAGCUGGGGUGUUGUUCUGAGUCCUGAGUUGCAUGCUGGGUGGCUGCGAUGUAUUUGUGAUUAUUGAGUUGCUUGAGCGGCUCGUCUUUGUGCCUCGUUUUGUCUGUGACAUAAGCCUACUUU